AUGUCUCCAAGGCACAUCCAAGACGAAGUGUAUGCCGCUUCCAUGAAGGAUCCCGAGAAAUUCUGGACUCGCCAUGGGGAAAAUCUUUACUGGCACAAAAAACCCACCAAGGCGUUUCAAAAGAGUACCAAGUUUCUUCCCAAGAGCAACAUGGAGCAUGACUCAUGGAGCUCGUAUACAGACGGAGAGAUCUCGACGACUUAUAAUUGUGUGGACAGGCAUGUAGCGAGUGGAAACGGCGGAAAUGUAGCCAUCUAUUGGGAUAGUCCAGUCACGAACACAAAAGAGCAGUAUACGUACAAGCAGUUACUUGAGGAAGUAGAGACACUGGCGGGCGUCCUCGGAGAAGAAGGGGUUAAACGGGGCGAUGUCGUCCUCAUCUACAUGCCGAUGAUCCCUGCUGCCAUGUUCGCUAUGUUAGCUAUCGCUCGAUUGGGCGCCAUUCAUUCCGUCGUGUUCGGCGGCUUCUCGCCUGCGGCACUGGCGCAGAGAAUCGAAGCGAGUCGACCUGUCGCCAUCAUGACAGCAUCGUGCGGUAUCGAGGGAUCGAAGAAGCCCACCGGGUACAAAAACAUGAUCGAGGAAGCGAUUCGAAGGAGCAAGGUCAAGCCAUCGAAGACGAUUGUGUGGCAGAGAGAGCAGCUGAGAUGGGACCCAGUGGUCAAGGAAGAGGGCCAGCGAAAUUGGCAACGCCUCGUGAAGAGCGCCAAGGAUAGAGGGCUCAAGGCUGAGGCUGUGCCCGUGAAGAGUGGCGAUGGGCUCUACAUCAUCUACACGAGCGGAACUACGGGCCUACCGAAAGGGGUCGUUCGUUCGGCUGGUGGGCACGCCGUUGGCCUCCACUUCUCCGUGAAGUAUCUUUUCGGAAUCCACGGCCCUGGGGAUGUUCAGUUCACAGCAUCCGACAUUGGCUGGGUGGUAGGCCACUCGUACAUUGUCUAUGCACCGCUACUGGUUGGCGCCACCACGGUGCUUUUCGAAGGCAAGCCCGUCGGAACCCCCGACGCAAGUACGUUCUGGCGCAUUGUUCAAGACUACAAGGUUACCACCAUGUUCACUGCGCCGACUGCUCUGCGCGCCAUUCGACGAGAGGAUGGGGAGAACACGCUCUUUGAGAAGCGGUAUGGAGAGAAGGGCGCGCUAACAUCGCUGCGAGCUCUGUUCCUGGCGGGCGAGCGAAGUGAACCGAGCAUCGUACAGAUGUACCAAAAGCUGUUGUCAAAACAUUGCGCGCCUGGCGCUAUCGUCGUUGACAACUGGUGGUCGUCGGAGUCUGGAUCACCCAUCUCUGGCAUUGCCCUGAGUGCCUCUGCUGGACUGAACUUCUCUUCGUCGGACCGUCCGGUACCACUCCGGAUCAAACCUGGCUCUGCUGGCAAAGCCAUGCCAGGCUUCGAUGUACGCGUCGUUGACGAUGCAGGCAAGGAGAUGAAGAGGGGGGAGAUGGGCAACAUUGUCAUGGCGAUUCCGUUGGCGCCGACUGCCUUCACAACGCUGUGGGAAGACGAGGAGCGGUUUUACAAGGGGUAUAUGAAGCGCUUCGACGGGAAAUGGAUCGAUACUGGCAAGUGA